UGUGACUUUUGCGUUGGAAAUUUAUAAGAUGUAUCCCUCUUUCUGCGGAAAGCAUUAUUUCAUUAUUUCUUUAAUUGAAUUUUUUUUUAUUUGAAUUAUGCUGACAGUUCCUGUACGUUCGAUAACCUUUUUCAAGGAAAUAUAGAAUAGUGAGAACAUUUAAAUAAGUUUGAUGCUUCAGUAGAUCAUAAAACCUGCUUUUCGAAGAUCUUUUCCUUCUCUCUGGGGCAUCUGGUCAUUACUAUUUUAGGUGUAUGGAUCAUUUUUGAAUAUUUGAAGCUAAUUUGUUAAUGAGUAUGUUACAAGUUAUACUGGAUGGAUAUACAAAGUUGUGUUGUCAGUCAGUACCCUUUUUUUAAUUGUAUGUGCAUCCAAUUCCAUGUUCAUAAAUUUUUAAUUUUUCUGUAUGGUUUUAUAUGUAUCAACUUCUACGAAUAAAAUGAUGUUCCCAUGAGUGUGUGUGCACAUGAAGACCUCCACCUAAAAGAAUCUCAAGCAACUAUGAAAAAGAUAGUUAUGUACUGGAAAUAUGGGCAUGCCUAGGGAAAAAAUUUAGUGAGAGGAUGUAUUAUAGGUCAAGCUCAAAUCAUUUGCUUUUAUGUGCUUUCUGUGAGUUAUAUUUGAUGGAUGUGCCAAAGUUAUGGGAAUAAUGCAUGUAUGAUAAAUUUCAAUUUUUUGGCUGACUUUUGAUGCCAGAUCCUAUAUAUUGCUCCCCUAAGAUUUGAAGUGCAUAAAUUUGAAACUUGUGUUUUUGAUUUUUGAGAAAGAUAGCAAAAAGAUUAUGGAAUGCCAAAUUGUGUAAUUCUUCUUCAAAUACGCAUUUACUAAGCCCUAUUUCGACCCUCAUGUUCUAAAACCAUUUUUUUUUUUUUUUCAAGUUCAAUUUCGAUUACACAUUAUCAGUAAUUUGUAUGUGAACCUGUAAGUUUCUCCUACUUAUACCACAAAUUUAAAAAAAAAAAAAAAAGGGGAAAGAAACCUUUCACAAAAUUAAUUCUUAUAAAAUCUCUAUCAAAUGGGCUUAAUGUCAAUUUGGAUUUGGAUUAUAGAUAUGACACAUACUAGUGCAAUACUUUUUUUUUUCAGGCUAGAAGUUUGAUUGUGGAAACUGUAUUACUGUCCUAAAUGGAGACUUCUAAGUAAGCCUUUUUCGCCUAUAAUAAAUUUUUGGGUAACUUUCUUCUUCACCCUGAGUUGGGCUUACCUGAUUUGACUAUGGAAAUGUUGUAGAAGCUCUCUUAUUUCUCUUGUGCAUGCACUCCUGUCACUGGAUGUAAAAGCCAAAAAAGAGAACUGCUGGGACUUAACUAUCUGCAAUUCUUAUGUCUUGGAGCUACGUCAAUGCAUAUAAAUUAUAUGAAGUUGUAAUACUUGCAGGCCUGAGGAUCUUCGUGCUCGAUUUGGGAAAUUUGGGCCUCUUAAGGACGUUUAUAUCCCUCGCGACUACUACACUGGUGUUGAAGAUAUCGAUGAAGUAAUAAGAGGCCAAGAUGAUCUAAUGAACAUGAAGAUUGAAGCAAGAUGGGUAUUAGUACUGUUAUGAAGAUGUGUUGAAGUCACGAAGAACAUCAAGUCUUAAUGGUUUUGUGAGUUUGUAGAUCCUGCUGAUGCUGAAGAAGCCAAAUAUCAGAUGGAUGGGCAAAUUCUUCUUGGGCGAGAGUUGACUGUCUUAUUUGCAGAGGAAAACAGGAAGAAGCCCUCUGAGAUGAGGGCUAGAGAAAGAACAAGUCGAAGGUCCCCAUUUGGUUAUUCUCGAUCGCCUCGCUAUGCACGUCCAUAUUCCCGCUCACCGAGUUAUUCUCGAACUUACUCUCGAGGUCAUGAUUACUAUUCUCCAUCUCCGAGGGGAACUUACUCCCGAGCGCAUGAUUAUUAUUCUCCAUCUCCGAGGAGAAGACGCUACUCAAGGUCCAUUUCCCCUCGUGACGUGGGGUAUAGAAAGAGGUCUUACUCUAGGUCUCCUUAUGGCUCAAGGAGCCGAAGUCGAAGCCCAGUCAGGAGCAGGAGCCCUGAUGACUACUCAAGAUAAUAGCUGGUAGUCGGUGUGGUAUUUCUAUGUAGUCAGGGUGCGUUGGUGGCUUCAAGUAUUAGAAGAGUUGGAUUUUAACCUUGGAUUUGGUAGUGUUUACGUUUUGUUGGAACCUCUGGUAAUUGGUAAUCUCAUUUAAACUGAUGGCUAAUGUCUUAAAAAGUAGGUUCUAUUAUGACCAGUCACUAAAUCUUGGUGAAACCUAAAAGUUACGACGUGUGAAUAUUGGUUACGUUAUUUAUUCUUUUU